AAGUUAGCAAUGCUGUAUAAAGCUUAACGAUUUAAUAUUUCUUAAGUAGUUUAGUAUAAAGGAAUAAUCAUGAAAAAUCAUCAGUCUGAUUUGUGUGCAAGUUAUAUAAAAAUAUUUAUUGUUGUUUCAUGUUAUUGGAUAGUAUCAAUAGCGACAGUAUUUGUUAAUAAGACUCUUCUAAGUAGUGAUUCUGUAAAUUUAGAAGCCCCUUUGUUUAUAACAUGGUUUCAAUGUAUAGUUUCAUUUAUGAUAUGUUUUACAUUGAGCAAAACAGGAGGUAUUUCUGGUGUAUUCGAUUUUCCAGAAGGCACACCUUGGUCUAAAGAAACUAUUAUACAAGUUAUUCCAUUGUCAAUAAUGUUUACAUUGAUGAUAGCAGCAAACAACCUCUGUUUGAAAUAUGUUGGUGUACCAUUCUACUAUAUAGGGAGAUCUCUAACCACAGUAUUUAAUGUGAUAUUCAGCUGGAUUUUGUUGAGACAAGCAACAUCACAUAAAUGCGUUCUAUGCUGUGCUUUCAUCAUAUUUGGAUUCUAUCUAGGAGUAGAUCAAGAAAAUUUACUAGGUUCAUUUUCACUAUUUGGAACAAUAUAUGGCGUCAUUGGUUCUCUUAUGUUGUCACUUUACUCAAUUUAUACAAAAAAAAAAUUACCAGUAGUGAACCAAGAAGUUUGGUUAUUAUCCUAUUAUAAUAAUGCAUACUCGAUUAUAUUAUUUCUACCGUUAAUGGUAAUGAAUGGUGAAGUGACCCAGAUAUGGAAUUAUGACAAUUUUAAUAGUGCCUAUUUCUGGGUACAAAUGAUUAUUGGAGGAAUUUGUGGAUUUGCUAUUGGUUAUGUGACAUCGUUACAAAUUAAGGUCACAUCACCUCUGACGCACAAUAUAUCUGGAACGGCAAAGGCAUGUGCUCAAACCGUGAUUGCAACACAGUGGUUCAAUGAAACUAAGAAUGGUCUCUGGUGGACUUCAAAUAUUAUAGUGUUAGCUAGUAGUGCAUUGUAUGCAAGGUUUAAACAAGUUGAAAUGGAAGAAAAUUCUAAAAGGCCCAUUCCAGAAGAAAAAAAAAGUUUAGUGUAAAUGAUAUAAAACAUAUUUUGUAAGGAAAAUUAAGUUUGUAUUAAAGAUUGGUUAUGUAAUUGUAUGUACCAAAGUCACAAUUAAGUCUAAGUUAUAAUAAAAAUCAUAUAAAAUAUGA